AUGAAGGAAACACAAACAGGCCCUUCAAUCACAACCCCAUCCCCUCAUAAUGCCCUCAAAGUGGAGGCACCCACUCCUCUCCCCGCAAAAACCUCCUCUUCCUCCUCCUUCUCCCCCCUCCAGAACUCCACCUCCCCUCUUCCGUUCCUCCCUCACGUUGACCGUUUUCUCCUCCCCCGCCACUUCUACUUCCUCCGAAUCGUCCAAUCCUUUGGUCCGGAAGGCCUCCAUGCCUCCCUGCUGCAGCACCUGCUCGCUGCCGCCCUCCUCCCGGACCUGACGGGGGAUGCCCGAACCUGUGGGUCAGGCUCGGAGAGUCCGGGUGCUGGCCCGGGUUCUGCCUCGGCAGCGGGAUCUGGUGUGGGUGGAGCAGUGGGGGCAGGAUUGGAGGGGUCUGGUGUGGCGACGGGAGGGGAGGAGGGACGGGGAGGUGAGAGAGAGGGAGCGGGAGGAGGAGGCGGAAUGGGAGAGGCAAGGGAACGGGGUGAUUGGGAGAGAGAACUAAUCGAGACACUGCUAAACCGGAGCUUGCUGCUGGACAUCAACACGACCAGCCUGGCAGGCGGCAGGGUGGAGUUUGAGCACGUGUGGGACAAGGCAACCGAGGCCCAGCCUCUCUGCUUCGAAAACGUUGUCCUGCCGGGAAAUCUCGCCGCUAUUCUGUAUCCAGGAGGGCAGGAGGUGCAGGCGGCGUUUCUGGAUCGGAUUGAUCGGUGGUUGGCGAAAGGGGAUGUGGGAGGGAAGGUGGGAGGGGAGGCGGGAGAGGAGGGAGGGAGAGGGGUAGGGAAGGGAGAGCAGGCGAAGGGAGUGCAGGGGGAGGAGGGAAAGGGAGAAGUGCAGGUGGGGAGGUUCGGGAAGGGGGGAUGGAGUGCGUGGGAGCGGGGGAGGUUGGGUAGAGAAGCGCACCUAGGACUGGAGCAAGCCGGCCAAUUAGGGAAUGAGAAGAUCCGUUUGCUGUAUCUCCAGCGAACUGCCACAGCCAAUCAGGGGCGGCGAGCCUUGGACCACACGUCCCAUGUGGCGCUGGUGAAUCUCUUUUCCCGCCUGAAUUUCGACGUGCAGGCGGCAGAUCUCGGGCGGCUGGGCUUUAAGGAGCAGUAUGCGGCAGUGCGGAGUGCCGAUGUCAUUGUGGCCGUGCAUGGGGCGGCCCUGGCUCCCACCUGUGCGUUCCUGAGGGGUGCGCAGUGGUGUUAG